AUGCCGCCAAACGUGGGUGAAGUGCGGGACUCGAUCGAAAACGUCUGGGGCGACCGGACCCCUUACAAGCAUGAAUGGCCAACGCGUUGUGAUGCGAGCACUACCGAAACACCGGAUAAAUGGGUACAAAGUGCAUGUGUCCUGUGCAGUAAUGGCUGCGGGUUGGAUAUUGGGGUGAAAGAUGGCCGCGUGAUCGGUGUCCGGGGACGUGUUAGUGAUCGAGUCAAUAAGGGCCGUUUGGGACCCAAAGGACUGAACGGGUGGUCUUCAAUCCACCACCCAGACCGAUUGAAAACUCCCUUGAUUCGCCGCGAGAAUGGCCAGCUUGAGCCUGCAACCUGGGACGAGGCCAUGUCUUUGAUUGUCGACAAGGCAAAAGCAACCAUCGAUAAGUUGACUCGCCAUGGCAUCGGCUUCUACACAUCAGGCCAGUUGUUUUUGGAAGAGUAUUAUGUUCUGGCCAUGAUCGGCAAGGCUGGCUUGAACACCUUGCACAUGGAUGGCAACACGAGGCUCUGUACUGCAACUGCGGCUGCGAGUAUGAGAGAGUCGUUCGGCAGCGAUGGUCAACCAGGGUCUUACACCGACAUUGACUACACGGACUGCCUCUUUCUCGUGGGACAUAACGUGGCAGCCACGCAGACUGUCCUUUGGUCGCGGAUGCUUGACCGGCUGGAAGGUCCCAGGCCACCGAAGUUGAUUGUUGUUGAUCCGCGCGAGUCUGAAACGGCCAAGCGUGCGACAAUCCAUCUGAAGCCCAAGAUCUCGACCAAUCUCGCACUGCUGAACGGGCUUCAGCACCUGCUGUUUAAGAACAAUUGGGUCAAUACGGAAUACACAUCCACGCAUACCGUUGGACUAGAGGAGCUUCAGGAGGUCGUCCGCGAGUACACACCGGACGUCGUUGAAGAGAUCACCGGGGUGCCUGCUCAACAAUUAGAGGCCGCAGCUGAGAUUCUCGGCAAGACUCCCACCCUCCUCUCGACCGCGCUGCAGGGCGUUUACCAAUCGAACCAGGCCACCCCGAGCGCUUGCCAGAUCAACAACAUCAACUUGUUACUUGGUCAUAUCGGCAAGCCGGGCAGUGGCAUUCUGCAGAUGAACGGACAGCCAACGGCACAAAAUAACCGAGAAACCGGAUGCGACGGCGAAUAUCCCGGAUUUCGAAACUUUCAGAAUCCGCGGCAUAUGCAAGAGAUUGCUGAUGCGUGGAACAUCGACCUGGUCAAGAUGCCUCAUUGGAACCAGCCCACCCAUAUCGAGAACAUGUUGAAAUACAUCGAUGAUGGCUCUAUUGGCAUGUUUUGGAUCUCAGGUACCAAUCCGCUAGUCAGUCUUCCCAACCUGCCUCGAGUCCGCAAGCUCUUCACCAAGCCUGAGCUCUUCGUGGUCUGUCAAGACAUCUUUCCGACAGAGACUACCGCCAUCGCAGACGUGGUUCUUCCUGCUGCUCAGUGGGGUGAGAAGACCGGCUGCUUCACCAAUGUCGAUCGUACCAUGCAUCUGUCGCACAAGGCCGUGGAGCCCCCUGGUGAAGCGCGGGCAGACCUCGACAUUUUUCUUGAUUUUGCUCGACGCAUGGAAUUCAAGGACAAACAUGGCGGUCCGCUGACUCCAUACAAGACCCCCGAGGAAACUUUCAACGCGUGGAGGAAGAUGUCACAUGGACGACCAUGUGACUGCGGGGCGUUGACGUACGAGAAGUUGACUGGUGGCUCGGGCAUUCAAUGGCCCUGCACCGAGGAGUAUCCGAACGGAAAAGAACGCUUGUUCGACGACGGGAAGUUCUUCACAGACAUCGAUUACUGCGAGGACUAUGGACAUGACUUGGAAACAGGAGCUCCUUUGACGAGAAGCCAGUACGAGUCGCUGAACCCAGCUGGCCGCGCAAUCUUAAAGGCGUGUCAUUAUCGCCCGUCUCUGGAAGCCACGAAUGCCGACUUCCCACUGCGAUUGUCGACAGGGAGAAAUGUCUACCAGUUUCACACCAGGUCCAAGACGGGACGGUCAAAGCGGCUCCAUGAGGCGUAUCCGGAGCCGAAAAUCACCAUAUCUGCCGCCGAUGCCCAGGAUCUGGAACUCACAGAGGGAGAGAUGGUUGUGGUUCGAUCGAGAAGAGGCGCCAUCGAGAUUCCAGUAACGAUUGGGAACAUCGGUGAGGGCAACGUGUUCAUUCCGUUCCACUUUGGCAAUCUCAAUGCCAACGAUGCGCGAUCUCGUGCAGCUAACGAGCUGACUCUUGACGAAUGGGAUCCUGUUUCGAAGCAGCCACGCUUCAAGUCCGGUGCAGUUCGGAUUGAAAAGUGUGUUCAAAAGGAAUCCGGAGACAGCAGCAUCCACGUCAAGGAAAAGAAUAGCGAAGCAAUCAAACAGGCAAAAGCAAAGACUACCAAAGAAGCAUCCCAGCAAGCUGGUGAGCGCGUCAGAAGGCUUGAAGUCUGGCUUGGUGCCACACAUGAGGGGAUCGAGACUCUCUUGGACAUAUACCAAAACCUCCUCCCACGACUGGUCAACGACUCUGAAGUCCAUUCGGGGGUCCGAGAACUGACCAUGAUUACUACGAACAUGUUGAAAGCCAUCCGACCUCUUCUCGAGAAGUAUCAUGAAAGUCGGCAAUACGGAAGGGACCUGUGCCACAAGUUGCGGGAGACGAUGUUUCCCAAGGGUGCAACUCGGAACGAUCCAUGUGAAGCUCUGUCUGCGCUGCAAUCCCUCCAGCUAUUUGUGUCAUAUGUGGAAGGACAUCUCGUCGCUCUUUCUCCUGCCAGUCAGGCUCUGUGGGACGAUGGAUUCAUCCGGGCCGUGGACUUUUGUACGAAGCAGCUCAAUCGCCAGAAGGCGUGGAUCAUGCAGCAGAUCAAGGUCAGAGGCCCGCAGACGCUGUUGGUUCCGAUAGCACUACCAGAGGAACUGCACAUCGGGAAUACGGGAUUAGAGGGGAGUCUACGGGAGUCGCAGUCAAAACCCGUUUAG